CCCUGGGGUGGGCUAGUGGCCGAUGACCUCUAAGAAUAUCUGCCCCGGGCUCCGAACACCCCCACAAGCACCUGCAUUCAUGUAACCGAGAUGGGCAUGCCUUGGGAGGGUGGCCAGGGGCUGCUUUGAGGAAAGAUGUGGCCUGGGCUUGGAAAGCCUGGAGUAGCUUAGACAGCCCGCCUGCCCCUUCUGCUGGACAGCAAGCGACCAGCUUCACGCACAGGCAGCGCCGGACGGGUCAAUGCCAGCCGGAUGAUGACCAGUUGUGGCCAGCGGUCCCGGAACGUGCUCGCGGUGUUCUCCCUGCUGUUUCCUGCAGUCCUGUCCGCACAUUUCCGGGUCUGUGAGCCUUACACCGACCACAAAGGCCGCUACCACUUCGGUUUCCACUGCCCCCGGCUCUCAGACAACAAAACCUUCGUCCUCUGCUGUCACCAUAACAACACCGUCUUCAAAUACUGCUGCAACGAGACAGAGUUCCAGGCGGUCAUGCAGGCAAACCUCACAGCCGGCCCCGAGGGCUACAUGCACAACAACUACACAGCGCUGCUAGGAGUGUGGAUCUACGGCUUCUUCGUGCUCACCCUGCUGGUCCUGGAUUUGCUCUAUUAUUCCGCCAUGAACUACGACAUUUGCAAGGUUUACCUGACCCGGUGGGGCGUCCACGGACGGUGGAUGAAACAGGACCCCAGGCGGUGGGGGAACCCUGCUCGAGCCCCUCGACCCGGACCGCCAGCCCCGCAGCCGCAGCCGCCGCCCCCUGGUGCCCUGCCGCAGGCCCCCCAGGCUGUGCACACGCUGCGGGGAGACACACACAGCCCCCCCCUGAUGGCCUUCCAAAGCUCAUCUGCCUGAAAACCCUUUUGCUGUGCCUCAGGAUGGAGGAGGUUAGACCCAGAGCACCUGGUGCAGCCUCCAAGAACAGCUUCAACCAAGACACCAGGGAGAGCCGGGGCAAUGGUGUGGUAACAGAAGAGGAAAAACCACCUGUGCCCAGAACCCCCUUCCGAGGACUUCUGAGAUUAGGAGCAAACUCAGGGUCUGGGGACAAACGGGGUGCAGGAAAGGGGCUCUGAGCCACCUGUCUGCAAGCAAUAGUUCUUUUUUGGGCUGGUGGCUUCUGAGAAGAGACUUGGUGUGGACUGAGAUGACCAACACUUAGCUGCCCUGGCUGACCCCAGCCAGAAGGAUUUGGGGCCGUGAGUUGUACCAUGGUCCAAACACUGACGUUUUUCCUGCCUCCACUCCCUCCAAUAGUGGCCCCCUUAGGCCUAUCCAUGUCGGAAUAUUGACCGUGAGUGUGUGCGCGCACGUGUAUGAUCAGGGUGUUCUUUCUAUGUGUUCGUUCAGCUAGUUUUUAAUCGAGCCCCCUCGCCACUGGCUGUAAGGUUCUCCGAUGGGCACAGGUCACCAUGUGGCUGAAGAGUCUUCCUUGUGUCCUUGUCUGAGGCUCAGACCUCUUGCUGUGGCCAGCAACUGUGAGCUGGUAGAGUGGGCAGGCACAGGGCCCAGCCUUCCGGUGCCACAGGUAGUGGGAACUGGAGCAUAUACCAGUGAGGAUGGGUUCUGGUGGAAUCUGUUCCCAUAGCAGCAGGCAUGAGGAAAUAACUCAGCUGACUUCGGGCAGCCUAGGUUGGAUGUGUUGUGUGCACCAUCACAGUUCCUGGGAGGUGGGCGUGUAACACCUCUGGAAACAGUACAGCUUGGAGAAGGGUGCCACAGUCAUAUGGUCAGGACAUGGCCAGCUCCACAGUUUGACUCCAGGGUGACAAGAACCCAAGUCCAGGUUUUGAUUCCCAGGGUGUAACAGGCUCCAUAGCCCAGGUCCCCAGUAUGGUCAUUGGAGCACCUGCCUGACAUUUUUACAGUGAGUGCAGCACCCCCACAACCCAGAUCCUCCACUGUCACUGCCUGAGCCUCCCUAAGAAGCUCACACUAGCCACACGCUUGCUGUGCACUAGGCCAGGCGGCGAUCAGAUCCAGGGGUGAAGAAUGCCAGGCUCUGCCCUGGGGUGCCACACCUUGAAGGGAGAAGAAACACAUACACAGGAUGAAGGGUCCUAAGGAAACCCAGAACAGAGGGUUCCAUGAAUCUGUCUACUUAAAAUGGGGCUUUUCCAAGUAAGCCUGGGUACCUAUAACAUCUGCCCACAGAGCUCAUCAUCAGUGACCCACUGUCCUAGGGCACACAGAAGAAAAGACAUCCCCCUGGAGUGACCCUGUGGAUCUCCAGAGGCCACAUUGCCAAUGUAGACAUGGCCACCCCACCCCUAUGAGUGAGGCCAAAGUGUUCCUGCCCUCCCUGUGACCCCUUCUUCCUGAAGCUGCAUCCUCAGUUGAUUGGCGGUAACCCCACAUGGGCUGGCCACCCACCCGCCACACACUGUGGGGGACAGUGAGCAAGGGGCAGCACGGAAGGAAGAGCCAGCGUGGAGGUGCCCUUGGGGGUCACAAAGGCAUAUUGUGGAGGCUGCAUGUGGAGGCUUGGGUGGUCAGAAAUGUUUAAGCCCGGGUUCAAACCACACGUAAGACCAGCAAUGGGACCUAGAGAGGAAGAGCCCAAAGCCACAAGAGCCACAAUCCCGUCAGGUUCCUAGAAGCAAACAAGCUAGGGUGGCCAGGACUCAAAGCGCAGCAGAGGUGAAGGGACAAUUCCGCAUGCAGAUCUCUGUAGUCCCUACAAUGGUGUACACACACACACACACACACACACACACACACACACACACGCAUGCACGCACGCACAGUGCUUCUCCAUCGAUAGUACUGUGUGCUAGAACAUAAAACUCUUCCCACUCUGGCUGGCUCUUCAUCCUCUCAGCCCCACAUGAGGGAGAGAUGGUCCCAUUGGUGGACAUGGAAGCUGUCACUCUAGCUGGCUCUAGAGGCCUUACUGGGUUAAAGGCCUCUGUCUCUGCACCCAGUCGGUUGCUCUUAGAUGCACUGCUGUGCCCCGCACACAGCCUGGAAAGCCUAUGCUUGGAUCUUGAUUAAAGAUGGGCAUGGGCCCUCUCCCGCAUGCUGCAGUAUCCGAGGGUGUGUGCAGCCAUUGCCCUGGAGGGUUUUAGCAAUAGACCAGCUGGAUCAGCCCACACCUAUGCAGAGCCUCUGCAGGAAAAGGCAUCCUUCCCCCAAGCCACACAGAUUCUAAUGUCACCUGAGGAAAGAGAUCACAGGCAAGACCUGGGGCCCUCCUGCCUCAGUUUCCCCAGUAGUGAGAAGAAGGAGUCAGAUCAGAUGUUGAGGGGACUUCUGGCUUUGGGUGGCUCUGGGUAACCCUCUUGCAGCUGCUUGCUGCUCAGGGCUACGUCCUCUGUGAAGCCUCCUUCCUCAGAGACAGGAGGCCAUGGCCAUGCAGACAGCAGGGUACAGGGUGGGGGUGGGGUUCUCCAGCAGAGGUCUCUUAGGGAAUAGCUGAAGGCCCCCAUGAAGAUUCUGGUUGAGGACCUGCAUCUCUCAUAUAUAUGUCUGAGGCUAAGAGUCUAGACACUGGCCAGGACACAGGAGUGCCCCAUGGCCGGAGGUCAGCAUAUAAUUUGACUUUCCAGGCCCUGGUAACCCUGCUCCUUCCCAGCUGGGUAACACUGGCUCACCCACCCAACCUCUCCGAGCCUCCUUUCCUCAUUUGGCAAGCCAGGGUUAAAGGUCAGGGUCUUACCCCAUGCCGCUUCAUAAAGCUACUGAAGGCAAGAGCUGUGUCCGUGUGGGUGUGAGUACUGGGGUGGGUUGCAGGACCCCAGGUGGCCAUGAUGAAAAUCUGUUCCCAGCUCAUGGUGUCUGUGGCUGGCAGAUGUGCCAGUUAGUAGCAUGUCCUGAAAAGACACAGAGUAGAGACAAGUCCCUGAAUAUUUAUUGAGCUGUCGUGGCGGCCUCGGUUCCGACGGCUGCCUCCUCCAGAUGCCUGUGUCGACAUCCCCCCCUUUUUUUUUUGUGAGUCUCAGGCCACAGUACACUCCUGUAGCAGCAAGUAGCCACAGGAAGCAGAGAAGCCGGUGACACCGCGUGCCCAAGGAGAGUCAUGAGACGUCCUUGUAUCUGUCCGGCAUUUCCCACUGGGAACUGUGUGUCCUUUGUGAGCAGUGUUAUGCCCUGUCGUCUGUAUGAUCUGGGGCCUCCAUUCAGAACGCCUCCCUGGCUGGCUGUAGUCACCAAGGAGAUGGCUUGCUCACCCCGUGUGGGAGUGGCCAAGCAUCUGAUGGUGACUUUCACCAGUGUGCAACGGGCCUUAAUCCAAACAGGAGCACAUGCACACACACACACACACACACACACACACACAGAGGCAUACCCAUGAGCACACACAUGUAUGCACACAUAUGUAUACAUUCACCCACACAUAUGAAUGUAACUUGUACGCAUUCGUGUGUCCACACAUGCACAUGCAUGUUCACGUGUAUAUGCAUAUGUACACAUCCAUACGUGCACAUGUAUACACAUGUAUACAGACACCUAUCAGUAUAAUUUACACAUGUUCACAGGUUCAAUAAUAAACACCUAUGAACACACAUACAUACAUAUAUAUAUAUGAGAACAGAUAUAGACCCCCAUGUAUGCAUGCAUACCCAUGUAUGCCACAUGUACAUGUUCACAUAUGUCCACAAAUACACUCACAUGUAUAUGCAUGCACCUACAUGUGAACUCACACAUACAUGCACACACAUGAUUCUGAUCUGGUCCCUCACAGUCUCAGAUACUGCAGACAACAGUGGUGUGUACAGCUGUGCUCCUGGGGCAGGACCACUUCCUGGGUCAUCCAAAAACCCCGUCAGGCAACCUCAACUCCACAGUGGAAAGGAUUUGGGGUAACAGGAAAACAAGCCAGGGGUGAUGCUUGAGGUUGUCUUCAGUCAAGAGCUGGUCCUCACUUGGCCUGUCUAGUGCGCCCCCCCAGGUCCGUGCAAACAGCAGGACAUGAUGUGGCUGUGUCCUGAGUUGACUGUCACCAGCCCCACCCCUGUCCAAACCAGUGGGGCAAGUCCCACUUGCCAUUCCAGCCACAGUCCCCUGGACUGCUCCUCACGGCUGGUCCCCAGCUCUGCAAGAGGGUGUGAGAGGAUCCAGAGCCUCAGGCUUCCAGACAUUUCUUAUUGGCUUGUUUUAGUUUUUCUUCUAGCUGUUUGGUUCCCACUAACAGGAAUUGCUUGGGAGGUAAACAUGAGGUUCCCCUGGCAUUUGGGCACAGGUGACUAUCUGAGUGGCCUCCUGGGCAUUUCCUGUGUGUGUGAAGGGCAGGGAGGGAGCACACUGUCUGCCAGGGAGUUCUGCUGGGUUAGUGGCGGCCUUGGCUGAGUCACACAGCUCACCAUGUGUGUGCCAGUGUCUGUCUUGUCAGAGGACUAUGAGGAGAUGACGUCACAGGUCAAAGGUGGUGUCCUCUACCCCGUAGAAAAUGAGCCCUCAGCCAGGCGGUGGUGGCACACGCCUUUAAUCCCAGCACUCGGGAGGCAGAGCCAGGCGGAUCUCUGUGAGUUCGAGGCCAGCCUGGGCUACAGAGCGAGAUCCAGGACAGGCACCAAAACGACACGGAGAAACCCUGUCUCGAAAAACAACAAAAAACAAAAAAAAGGAAAGAAAAUGAGCCCUCAUGCCUACUGUGUGUCGCGUGUCCCCACGGUUUCCUACCCCUUUGGUAGCCUCAACAACGUGUCUGCACUUCACAGGCUGUGGUUGGAAAGGUUGGCAGCUGAGGCCAUCAGCGCAGGGAUGUGUACCACCCACAUGCUGCACAAAUCCUCAGCUGUUGAGCAGACACUUGCUGAGCAGCCCCUGCCACCUUGCUCUGUCGCCAGCGUCCACCGGAAGCCCCUCCUGUGUAGACAGAUGGGUUGCAUCAGAGAACACGCAGUGGCCCAGUGGUAGGCAGCGUCCACCAUGGUGGACCUGACUUGCCGUGCCUAACGGAAACACUCCCGUCCGCAAAAUAAACACAGAACAUUGAUCUAUCCCUCCCACAAAAGUGACCUUGGAGGUGGCAUUACCUGUCCCACCCCACCCUGUUUCCAGUCCAAAUGCCUGCCAGGUAGUCGGUGCUAGAAAUGCUUAGUGAGUGGGUGGAUUUAACCAUUAGUGGCUAACACUACUUCCUAUCUUUACGUCAAAGCCCUGACCCAUUUACCCUUGACAAACUAAAACUACCCUCCAAAGCAUAGAGUCCCCUUGCAGUCAGUGUCAACCUUAAGCAUAGGACCAGCCCCUGGAGUCACAGGGCCACUGUGGCCUCCCAUUUGGUCACAGCUGGUACUUGACUAAGGUGAGCUCUUAGGCUUGCGUCUCACAGUUUCUCAUACCUGGUCCCUUCCCAUUUCCCCUCACUGUCUGUGUUCAAGCUAGGCGGUAAUGUCCCCAUCUAAUAUCCAUGGUGAGCAUACAGGCAAUGUGCCAUAACCAACAAAGCUGUAGGAUGAGAGCCUGGCCACCCUAGAGGGACAAGGGACCUUCCUACAAAGGACUUGUUUCUCCCCAGGUCAGUGGGACGAAGCAGGUAGGCAGGCUGGGGCAGGAGGGUAUCUCUAUGUUAGAAGAGCCAGGCUCAUGUUGAGAGGGCGUGGGGGUCUCUCUCAGAGCCCAUGACCGGGAAAACCAAAAACAGAAAUUCUGAUGUCAGAUCAUCUUCCCCCUCCCGAAUCCGAUGUAAUAAUGAUGUGUUUUACACUGACGUUGUCUCAACCAUUUGUCUUUCUAUAUAGUGGUUUUUAUAAUGAUGUCCUUAGUUUUAAUAAAGGAGAAAAGUUAACUGUU